GAGAUGGAAACAGAAAGUGUCAUGUCUGUCUGUGUUUAAUGACUGAAUGUACGGAGCGGUCACACGCUGAACGCGGGUUAUUUCGUCACCAUGAAGCUGUUUAACGUCUUAUUAAAAGAUGUCACGCACAAAAUAGAGUAUUACUCCCGAUUCUCGCCCUCUCCGAUGUCCAUCAAGCAGUUUUUGGAUUUCGGUAGAGAGAAUGCCUGUGAAAAGACCUCAUAUAUGUUCCUGAGGAAAGAACUGCCUGUUCGGUUGGCCAAUACCAUGAGAGAAGUCACUCUGUUACCUGCAAAACUGCUAAACCAGCCGUCUGUCCAGCUGGUCCAGAGCUGGUACAGUCAGAGCUUUAAAGAGCUGUUAGAUUAUGAGGACCGAAUCCCAGAGGAUCCUCGCACCCUUCAUGAUUUUUUAGGAGACCUCAUCCAGAUCCGGAACAGACACAACGAUGUGGUUCCCACCAUGGCCCAGGGAGUGAUCGAGUACAAGGAGAAGUUUGGGUUCGACCCGUACAUCAGCAGCAACGUGCAGUACUUCCUGGAUCGAUUCUACACCAGUCGCAUCUCCUUCCGCAUGCUCAUCAACCAGCAUACUCUUCUUUUCAGUGACGGCAUCAACCACGCCCAUCCCAAACACAUCGGAAGCAUCGACCCCUCCUGCAAUGUAGUAGAGGUCGUGAGAGAUGCAUACGAGACUGCAAAGAUGCUUUGCGAACAAUAUUACAUGACGGCACCUGAUCUAAAGGUCCAGGAAUUCAACUGUGAGCUUGUGAAACAUUGCAGUAUUUUUGGCCAGAACCCUGACAAACCCAUCCAGGUGGUCUACGUGCCAUCCCAUUUGUUCCACAUGCUGUUCGAGCUCUUCAAGAAUUCCAUGCGAGCUACAGUGGAGCUUCAUGAGAGCGACAAAGAAGGACUUCCCCCUGUGACAGCUCUUGUGACUCUGGGAAAUGAAGAUCUCUCCAUAAAAAUUAGUGAUUUCGGAGGAGGCGUACCUUUGAGGAAGAUCGAGCGCCUUUUCAACUAUAUGUACUCCACAGCGCCGACACCCGUCUUAAACGAGUCGCAGAAUGCUGCACCGCUGGCUGGUUUUGGCUACGGGUUGCCAAUCUCCAGACUGUAUGCACGGUACUUCCAGGGAGACCUAUGCCUUUACUCUAUAGAGGGAUUAGGAACUCAUGCAGUCAUCUACCUAAAGGCUUUGUCCAGCGAGUCUUUUGAGCGACUCCCCAUCUUCAACAAGUCAGCAUGGAGACAUUACCAGUUAGGGCCAGAGGCGGAUGACUGGAGCAACCCCAGCAGCGGCCCUCGUGAUGCCUCUGCAUACAAACCAAACGAAGACUAACCUUUCCUGUUUAUCUCUGACUGCCAUCUCGUGAGUGUAUGCUCAGGAUGAACAUUAGACAGCAGAUGCUGAAAAUGCUGUUACAUGAUUUUACAUGACACAUUUUUCAAUCUUUAUUCGCUUAUCUUUAGUUUCUCAGGUACUGUAUGUUUAUCAGGGCAAUGGUGGAACUAAAACCAGUGUAAGGAACACCAGUGCGAAGGUAAGAAUAAUGAGAAUGGGGUUCCAGUUUAUCUCGGGAGAACAUGCAAAUAUGACCUCACACACAGCAUAGACAAACUCGAGGAAACUCAGUUUGACUCGAACCCUGGAACUUCGGAGCUGCCUGCUACACCAUAAUACCACCUGAUAAUCACCUGCUGAUAAACUUAAUACUUCAAUCAUUUACAGAUUUUUUUAUGGAGUUUAUCAAUGUUUAUAGCUCAUGGAGCCUCUUAUCAAGAAGGACUGUGUGCAAUGAUCCUUAAAAUGCUAAAGCAAUUUCAUACUGUCGCUAAAAACAUUGCUUGUUAUAGCACAGAAUUUAGCAGAAUUUAAAGAAAUUGUGGAUUUGUUUGUAUUUUAUCGUUUUCUAGUAAGGAAUGGGUUUAGGGUUGAAUCAAACUCAUUCAGAUCCCUUUCUUAUAUUUUAAUAUUAAUAUAUACAGUAUAUAAAAUAAUGUAAAAACUACUGGUUGUAGACAUGAUCGUGUACUGUGUGAUUCUGUAAUAGGGUUAUAAUAUUAGUAACAUAAGACGUAUAAUUGUGUGUGUGUGGUGAUCUGGGAAAACUUUUCAGAUGUUGCUGAAAUUCUGGAAAAGCUUACAUUAAGUAGAUAAGCUGCUAGUUUGACAAACUUGGUCAUAAAAUUGACUUUAGGCUAUAAAUAUAGACCAUAUACAGUAUAGUCUGUAAAGUCUUGAGCCAGCCCUCAUUUCUUAUUAAAUUAAAUUAUAUAGAUUGCAUUAAAGAAAUGGGAGCAAAUGUUUUCCUGCAACAGGCUGCAAAGUGCCUAAAGAUACAAUAAUAGUUUAUUUUUUUAACAACCUCGGCAGCAAUCUCAUUUCCCCUCUCAUCUGUUCCAACCACUCAGCAUUUAGCAUCACCAGUAUACCAAUCACCGGCCUGAUCAUUUGUCAUCAUCUGCGCCUGUUACUUUACCUGUUAAUGCCUUAAAUUGGGUGUUUUUUAAUGCUUGAAUGAUUUAUAUGUCACCAUGUGCUUUAAAAAAACAAAAACAAAAAAACACUGUUCUGCAACUGGUCAGGUACAGGAACUGGACUGAAAAUAAGAGACAAACGAGUCGUUCAGGAAGCCUAGAGAAUUAUUUCUCAAGACUACAGUAAAUAAUACAAGAACUUCUGACUUUUUGUACAAAUAAAUUAUAAAGAAAUUAAGGAUGGCUCAAGACUUUUGCAUAGUACUAUAUAUAAAAAUGAUAAUAUUUCUCAAAUAGUUUAUUAUAGAUUAGAUAAGUGAAAUCAAUAAAUAGCAUUUGUAUAUCAACAACGUGUAAUGCGUUCUACUUAUCUUUUUCUUUAUUUGUGAAUCACAAAUGUAAUUGAGAUAAAUGCAAAAGAGAAAUUUGUUUUAGUUUAAAAAAAAAACUAAGUUUUUCAGCAGUGUUUUAUUUAUUUAUUUUUUUAAUGAGAUAUGUAAGUUUGUCUGGUGGCCAUGAACAAUUGUACUGAUUCCUGCAUGACCUACUCAAUAACUCAUAUUAUUUAGUAUAUCAUGCAGGAAUCGAUAUAAUCGAGUGUCGUAAGUAAUGCGAGAGAACUACAUUAAAGUUAUUUAUAUUGCUGUGCACAGUGGCACCAGAUUGUUUAUAAGGGGCGCUAGGAAAAGGAAAAUACAAUUAAUUUAAAUUCACAAACAUUAUAUUACACCUUAAUACUGUGUAAAAAUGUAUUUAAGUAAUUCUUUUUAGAAAUAAAUAAUUGUAAAAUAAAAUAAUGGCAUCUCUGAGAAAAUCAGGAAAUACAGAUCAGAUUGUUAUUUAAUAAUAUAAAUUAUUAUAUGUAAAAUGUAAUGUGUAUAACUUUAAUAUGAAAUGCAAAUACAUUGAUUCAUUUGUAAUGAGCCAGCGAAAAAAUAAAAAUCUGGAAUUUAGCAGACAGGCUUUGACAAGUUGUUGUAAAUACUCUAUAUGGACAAAAGUAUUUGGCCAAACCUGCAAUGACAUUAUAUUC